UUCGGUUUCGGUCAGUCGAUGUUUAGCACUCGUCACGGGCAGUGAUCGUUAUAGUUUCGCGUUAUUUUGUGUUAUCAAUUCUUUUAGGAAAUUUUAAAAUGGUUGGAACGCACCCCAAAGUGUAUGUUAUUGGAGUCGGCAUGACUAAAUUCGAGAAGCCCGGGAGGAGGCAAGAUUUCGAUUACCCUCAGAUGGCUGUGGAAGCCGUCACCAAAGCCCUGAAGGACGCCCAUCUAAACAUCGACGAUGUCCAACAAGCCACUGUUGGAUAUGUAUACGGGGAUUCAACAUGUGGCCAGAGAGCACUCUACGAGGUCGGUAUGAAUGGAAUACCUAUCUUUAACGUCAACAACAACUGCUCAACGGGUUCCAGCGCGCUCUACCUGGCCAAGCAGAUUGUGGAGUCUGGCAACGCAGAGUGUGUCUUAGCAUUGGGAUUUGAGAAGAUGGAAAGAGGAUCCUUGUCUUCAAAGUUUGAUGACCGUACAAACCCGAUGGAGAAGCACGUAGGAGUGAUGGCUGAGAUGGUGGGUCUAGACGCAGCUCCUAUCACUGCUCAGAUGUUCGGCAAUGCUGGCAAAGAACACAUGGAGAAGUACGGCACCAAAGCUGAGCAUAUGGCCAAGAUUGCCUACAAGAACCACAAGCAUUCCACCAACAAUCCAUAUUCACAGUUCCAACAGGAGUACUCGCUGCAGCAGAUUCUAGACUCACCGACAGUGUUUGGACCGUUGACCAAGCUACAGUGCUGUCCUACGUCAGACGGUGCUGCAGCUGCAAUCUUGGCCAACGAGGACUUUGUUUUCCGUCAUAAACUGCAGGCACAAGCUGUCCUCAUCGUAGGCAUGGAGAUGACUACUGAUCUUCCUUCUACUUUUGACUCCAAAAGUCUUAUUAACCUGGUGGGGUAUGAAAUGACUCGUAAAGCAGCUGAAAAACUCUUCAGCAAAACUACAUAUCAGCCAACAGACGUAGACGUGGUAGAACUCCACGAUUGUUUCUCUGCCAAUGAGUUGAUAACUUAUGAAGCUCUUGGGCUCUGCCCUCAAGGAAAAGCAGGAGAGUUCAUUGACAGUGGAAACAACACCUACGGAGGCAGAGUCGUAGUCAAUCCUAGUGGAGGUCUAAUAUCUAAGGGACAUCCCCUUGGUGCAACUGGACUGGCACAGUGCGCUGAACUGUGUUGGCAACUGAGAAGGGAGGCAGGGCGACGUCAGGUAGCCAACGCUCGUCUCGCACUGCAACACAACAUCGGGUUGGGUGGAGCUGUUGUCGUCGCUCUUUAUGAACUAGGCUUUCCAAACUACAGAUGGUAUAACACAAGAGUGACACUGAACCCCGUGAGUAUAACAGACGACCCAUCAGUCUUCAAGGCAACUGCUUUGUUCAAAGUUCUCGAAGAAGCUAUGCAGGAAGAUAAAGAAAACAUGAUCGAGAAAGUCAGAGGAAUCUAUUGUUUCAAAGUCAAGAAUACUGCUGGGAAAGAAGGAAUGUGGAUCAUCAACGCUAAAAUCGGCAAGGGAAAAGUGGAGUACAACGGAAAAGAUAAGCCUGAUGUCACAUUUAUCAUGAAUGACGAAGAUGUGACCGACUUGAUCUCUGGCAAGCUGAAUCCUCAAAAGGCAUUUUUCCAAGGAAAGAUCAAGAUACAGGGUAACAUGGGUUUAGCCCUAAAGCUCACAGAACUGCAGAAGAGGGCAGCUGGCAGAAUUGAAGAACUCCGAGCUAAACUGUAAACUGCUGAACUCAUAUUCUAGCACAAUCAUUCCUUUCUUUUGUUUCUUUAGAUUUAAUUUUUUGAAGAUUAUAUGUUUCAUCUUUGUUAGGUAUAUUUGUUGUUGUUAAGAUAUGAGAGGUUAAGUUUGUUUCUGGAAAUUUUUAGACCUACCUCUGAUUUAACUUUAAAGUUUUAAGUUUUAAAGAGCCGAAUUUAUAAACCUAAAAUGGUUAUAUUUUAUCGGUAAUUUUUUAUAAUAGAGUGAAUAGGUGAGGAGUGAAGCGUGAAAAGUAAAUAAAAAUAUGUCUAAUAGCAUGUUUGAAACAUAAUAUAUUUACACUUAUACUGUUAACUCACAAGAAAUAUUUUAAAAAUACAUAUAAAAAAGGGAAGUGGUGAUCAUUUUAAUUAGACACUAUUCAUCAUCAGACCCAGUAGGCAAAUGACUGUUAUAAGACAUAUUUUUAUUGACUUUUUGUGAAUUGAAUAACACAUACAAUGCUGAUAAAGAAGUUAUUUAGGAGUAAAGUAAAAACAGUAAUUUGGUGCUGUUACCCAUUUAUAAUCAUACAUAGAAGUAACCACUCCAAAAUAUAUAUUUUAUUUUCAUAGAAACCAACAAAUUUCUUUGUUAAGAGAACCUUUCUUGUUUACCCAUAUUUAUUCUACGAAUUUUGUAUUGGAAAUUUCCAAAACCGAGCUACUUUGCUUCACCUAUUGAAAUCCAUCCAGCAUUAGUCUAUGUUUAACAUUUCUGGAUGUAAAUAACAGUAUAAUAUAUAGGCUAUAGUACGAUUUAUCUAGGUUUUGGGUGAAAUCUAUAUCAAUCUUAAAGUUUCUGUGAUAUCCUGCAGGUGUCUUUAGAGUAAAGAAAUAUGCUUUUAACUUGUUUAUUCUUUUAACUGUUCAUUAAUGUCUGUGAGUUUCAUAUUUUUGUAGACUCAGUACUGAUUAUCAUGAUAGUAUUUGUACCAAAGGUAAAGGCAAUUUGGUAUAUCGUUAAUAAAUGUUUUGUUACUGUCAAUAAUAGUUUAUUGCUUCCUCU